AAAUUUCUCCUAAAUUGUAAAUCACACAAGAAGACACGAGAAACAACAAUUAUUCUCCUUUCUUUUUCUUUCGGUUUUAUAACAAGAUUAAAACAACUAUUAUUGUUGUCUCCCUACGAUGGUGAAAGGGGAUCUUGGAAACGCCAUUUUUUUUCUCUUCUCCCUCUUUGCUUGUGUAUUUCGCCAUCGUUCUUCAAGCUGAGAAGAGGAAGCCAUCAGAGCCUGUUGGAGCUAUUUGAGUAGAGCAAGGAAGAACCAUUAUUGCUAAACCAAAUCCUCAGUCCAAACCUAUGGACGAUAAAACAACUGUCUCAUUUGCAAGCUUCGAAGUUGUUCUGUAGAGAGCGAUUUUGAGUAGUAAUGUGAUUAAGAAACCUCUGUCCUGCAGUACUAGUAGUGGUUGCUGGUGGUUGGGUUGUUAUUGUUGCUGCUGAAGUCGACGAGAGAGAAAAUGUGGAGGAGGUUCAUCGAGAUCUUGAGCCUGUAUCGCUCUCAGAUUCAGUAGUAUGAAGAGAGCCGUACCUGUAUUUCUCACUUGCACUGCCGUUGCUAGGGUCUUCUGCCGUCGCCAUUUCCAUUUCCGAACCUUUUUUUGACUUUUCUCCAUGACAACUACCAAGCGUGCUUAUAAGUUACAGGAAUUUGUAGCGCAUUCUUUAAGCGUGAACUGCUUGAAGAUUGGAAGGAAGCCAUCCAGGGUUCUUCUAACCGGGGGAGAAGAUCACAAGGUUAACCUUUGGGCCAUUGGCAAGCCCAAUGCCAUGUUGAGUUUGUCAGGUCAUUCAAGCGGAAUUGAUUCAGUUAGCUUUGAUUCUUCAGAGGUGUUGGUAGCUGCAGGAGCAGCAAGUGGUACUAUCAAGCUUUGGGAUUUAGAGGAGGCCAAGAUUGUUCGCACACUCACUGGACACCGAUCCAACUGUAUAUCAUUGGAUUUUCAUCCCUUUGGUGAGUUCUUUGCAUCUGGAUCUCUAGAUACAAACCUAAAAAUUUGGGAUAUCAGACGCAAAGGGUGUAUCCACACAUACAAAGGUCACAGCAGAGGUGUCAAUGUCAUCAGGUUCACUCCAGAUGGCCGAUGGGUUGUAUCUGGUGGGGAAGACACUACUGUCAAGCUUUGGGAUUUGACUGCAGGAAAGCUUUUACAUGAUUUCAAAUGUCAUGAAGGGCAGAUUCAGUGCAUAGACUUUCACCCCCAUGAGUUUUUACUUGCAACAGGUUCUGCCGACAGAACUGUAAAAUUCUGGGACCUUGAAACUUUUGAGCUCAUAGGUUCAGCUGGACCCGAGACAUCAGGGGUGCGCUGUAUGACCUUCAAUCCUGAUGGAAGAACCCUUCUCUGUGGUUUGCAUGAGAGUUUGAAGGUUUGCUCGUGGGAACCAAUAAGAUGUCAUGAUACAGUUGAUGUUGGAUGGUCUCGAUUGUCGGAUCUUAAUAUUCAUGACGGGAAACUCCUUGGCUGCUCUUACAACCAAAGUUGUGUUGGAGUGUGGGUUGUGGAUAUUUCGCGGCUUGAACCAUAUGCAAUGGGUACUACUCGAUUAAAUGGUCAUUCUGAUGUAAAAUCAAAUUCAAGUGUGAAUUUAUCCAAUCUGGCCGAGGAUGCUAGCAAAGCAGAUGCUAGCAAAGCCAAUUUGGGUAGACUCUCAAUUUCUCAAAAUUCUGACACUGUUAAAGAGACCAAAUCUUUUGGAAGACUUUCAAUAUCACAAAACUUGGAUCAUCAAAGGGAUUCUAGGACUCUUACUACUACUGCAAAUGCACCUGGCACUCCUCAAAGAAUAAAUCUGAGUGUUAGCUCGAAAGCACCUCCAAUUAGUACAACAGCAGUUCCUAAUACAACUGGUCUAAAGAGGAAUCCAGCUAAAACCCAAUCAGCAGCUAAUUCUUCCAUAGCCAAUAGGUCAGAGGUCCUACCUGUUAUUGUGCCAAGAAAUAAUGAUAGAAUGGAGCAAGCAUCUGAAUCCAGGAAAGAAGGAAUCGCAACAAGGGCAAUGCAGCAGUCAUUGCAGACAAAAGUCUCUGAUUUACGGAAGUUUCCAAUGCUCAAGGAAGACCAUGGGGGGUCAAAUGCAGAAUCAGAGUCUGAUAUUGAAGUCCCCAAGGCUAUUGAAUUCAGUAGUGUAGCAGACAAGAAUGAUUUCCCUUCAGUUAAAUGCUCAAUUCUCGGAGCUGCAGGAAUUGAGAGGAAUGUGGAGGAUGACAAGAGUUUUGUCUCAACAAAACCUGAAGCACUUUUAGGACCUGAGUUGCUUUCCAGAAACAACAAUGAAAAUUAUGAAGCACGCGGAAAUGUUGUUAGGAGUGUUAAUCCCGUGGAAGGUCAAAGAAGAGCAAGGACACGGUCUAUUGUUGCAACUUGGGAGAAGAGAGAGAAAAUUCAAUAUCAGGAGUAUAUUGCUCCCAGUAAUGUUGUUGAGACAGUACCUGCUCUGAAAAUGAUACAUAUCAACUUGAGAGGGUGUCCUUCAUCAGCUGAAAGUGUAACAGUUUCUGCUACAGAUGCGGAUGCCAUCGCUGACUUGAUGGAACAGCAUGACCAAUUUGUUGACUCAAUGCAAUCUCGUUUGGCCAAAUUACAGGUUGUCUAUCAGUACUGGCAAAGACAUGACAUUAAAGGGGCACUUAGUGCAACGGAGAAGAUGGCAGAUCCUGCUGUGCUUGCUGAUGUAAUAAGCUUUUUAACAGAGAAAAAUGACAUUAUUACCUUAGAGAUUUGCACAUGCCUUCUACCACUCCUUGUGGGGUUGCUUGAGAGCAACGUGCAUAGGCAUCAAGACACUUCAUUGAAUAUGCUGCUCAAACUUGUUAAAGUAUUUGGUUCAGUGAUUUAUUCUUCAAUGUCUGCGCCAGCAUCAGUGUGGGUUGAUAUUGAGGCAGAGCAAAGGAUGGAGCGCUACAACCUUUGCUUUGUUGAGCUUGAAAAAGUAAAAAAUUGGCUGCCCGCUCUUACUAGGAGGGGAGGGUCCAUUGCCAAAUCUGCUCAGGAGCUGAGUCUAGCACUUCAAGAUGUUUCGUGACUUAAAUGCAGUAUUGCAUGGAUUAGUAAGAGUUAUACUUUGGGCAGUAAUGGUGAUGUUUGUAUGGAGCGGCUUUUGGAGGUCUGGAGUUGCCUGUGCUGAUACCUUGCAGAGCAUCAUAUUCCUGCCAAGAUGAAAACAUUGACAACUCAAUUCUCUUAUUAACUGAUUACUGAGAUCUAGGGGACAACGUGAUCUACACUGCUGCUGCUCCAAAUAUUUUGCGAUUUUGAAUGUGCAUUGUGGAGGAUCCAUCGUAUUUAUUCUUAUAUAACCCUGAAUACCUGACAUGUUUAUUUGUAAUUGUAGGUAAAAUCCAUGUAUCCAUAUGAUUAUUUCUGUAUCAAUAGUAGGGUGAAAUCUAGAAAAUCUGGUCAGCCUGACAAUUCGACAUAUAGCAUUUCUGACCAGUAAUCUAGGGCAUGACACAAAGGGUGGUGUGAAAUCCACGUGACAACUAUGUUGUAUUUGAAAAAAGUAAGAUUGCAAAUUGCAUUUCUUGGUGUUGGUUA